AUGGCUCCACCGGCGCCGCUAUCAGUUACUAGCACCAACUCAUCGAGCACAGUUUUGCUCACCGAGAGCUCGGAUGAGAACACACUUCGCGAUUUUUUCCGGACGCGUGUCGACGAUGCCGAGCAAAAGGUUCUCGAAAAAGGACAGAAUGUCAGAAGACUUCAGGCUCAAAGAAAUGAGCUUAACAACAAGGUCCGCAUGCUGAAAGAGGAGCUCCAGCAACUCCACGAGCAGGGUAGCUACGUCGGUGAGGUUAGCAAAGCGAUGGACAAAAAGAAGGUGCUCGUCAAAGUGCAUCCAGAAGGCAAAUACGUCGUUGACGUCGACAAAUCCAUUGAUAUUAAUACAAUCAAUACCGGAGCACGUGUGGCGUUGAGAGCCGACAGUUAUGCUCUUCACAAAGUUCUCCCAAACAAGGUCGACCCACUCGUUUCACUCAUGAUGGUCGAAAAGGUGCCCGAUUCAACCUACGAGAUGAUUGGUGGUCUCGACAAGCAAAUUAAAGAGAUCAAGGAGGUCAUUGAGUUGCCAGUCAAACAUCCCGAGCUUUUCGAAGCCCUCGGUAUCGCGCAACCAAAAGGUGUCCUGCUCUACGGACCACCGGGCACUGGAAAAACGCUGUUGGCGCGUGCCGUCGCCCAUCACACCGAAUGCACGUUCAUCAGAGUGUCGGGCUCCGAGCUUGUUCAAAAAUUCAUUGGCGAAGGAGCCCGAAUGGUCCGUGAGUUGUUCGUCAUGGCUCGCGAGCACGCUCCCUCCAUUAUUUUCAUGGAUGAGAUUGAUUCGAUCGGAUCGAGCAGAGUCGAAGGAUCAAGUGGCGGUGAUUCUGAAGUCCAACGUACCAUGCUCGAGCUUCUCAAUCAACUCGAUGGUUUCGAGGCCACCAAGAACAUCAAGGUUAUCAUGGCAACGAAUCGCAUCGAUAUUCUGGAUCCCGCUCUUCUUCGUCCAGGUCGAAUUGAUCGUAAGAUCGAAUUUCCAGCUCCAGAUGAGAAGGCUCGCGCCGACAUCCUCAAAAUCCAUUCGAGAAAGAUGAACCUGAUGCGCGGCAUCAAUAUGCGCAAAAUCGCCGAAAAGAUUCCCGGCGCUUCUGGUGCCGAAGUGAAGGCGGUGUGCACAGAAGCCGGAAUGUUCGCGCUUCGCGAGCGACGCAUUCACGUGACGCAAGAAGAUUUCGAAAUGGCCGUCGGUAAAGUGAUGCAGAAGGACUCCGAGAAGAACAUGUCAAUCAAAAAAUUGUGGAAGUAA